UUCCAGAAUUUGAGUAUAUAACAUAUUAUUUCAUGUCACAUAUACCUUACAACCACUACCAUUUUGAUAUACCAGUAUUAAUGACUGAAUCUCCUACUCACUGCACUUUUGGUAUACUCUCCAAGCUCUUGCACAAACCUUGACACCCCAAAUGUUUAUGAACAACAUUAACGACGAUGACCACAAAGGCUGUCUAAGCAUUUUGGGAAAUGUAGUUCAAGUUAACCAUCACUGUCAAAGAGCACCAGACACUUGCCAGUAUCUCAAAUAACAUGUAAACUAAUGGUAGGUUGGCUUAACAGACGAGCUCAGGUUUCUGUUUUCUCAAACUAAUUGGUUGGAUAUUGUUCGGGUUGGUGGGAAGGACAACAGACGUGUUUAUGUAGCAAUCUCCUGGAGAAAGAGCAUUAAGAUGGAUAAAGGGAUUUUCUAACAGUAUAAAUACCUGCACACGACACCCAUUUUCCAAGUAGCCCCUUUUAUGAAUACAGGCAAUUUUAAAAAAAGGUGUGAUCUAAACAUUUAUUAUUGAUUACUCAAGACUUCCAGAAAAGCAAAACUAAACCAUUCUCCCUUUUCUUCUUUUUCAAUCUGGGGGAAUGAGUUUCCAAGCUUUUGUGACUGCUGAUUCUUUUGUGCCACUAAAUUCUGAAUCUUCAGCUACUUUCCCAGUUAGGAUGCAUCACAGUGAUUAUCUUCCUGUCUCUAAUCACUCCACCAAUGUGGUCUCAACAGGCCUGCACUACCCAAAUCCAUCCUGUCACUAUGGAAACCAGCAAGCUGCCUAUGGGGUCAUGACAGGCAUUAAAUCUGCCACUCCAGAAAUGCUGUCAGCAAGUAUUUCUCAAACAAGAAUUUUACAAACUUGCAGCAUGCCCCUGUCAAACGUUGUCAAUGGAGUGAGCACUCUGCAAGGCAAGUUGUUCUCUAAGUUAAUUAACCACAUAUGUAUUUACCAAUGUAGUCUGCCUCCUUGCCUUAUGAGUGCUAGCUCUUGUGCGCUGGGACAUGGAUUUGCUCCUGUGCAUCAAUCUCUCCUUGGAGAGGACCUAACCACUGCAGACUUCAAGCAGGAGUUCCGAAGAAAAAAUAAACCAAUUGAAGAACCCAUUGACAUGGAUUCUCCAGAAAUUAGGGAGUUGGAAAAGUUUGCUAACCAGUUUAAAGUCAGAAGAAUUAAGUUAGGCUACACACAGACUAAUGUCGGUGAAGCUCUUGCAGCAGUACACGGCUCAGAAUUUAGCCAAACUACAAUAUGCCGUUUUGAAAACCUGCAGUUAAGCUUUAAAAAUGCAUGCAAACUGAAAUCCAUACUAUCAAAAUGGUUGGAUGAAGCCGAACAAGUUGGAGCUUUAUACAAUGAAAAAAUUGGUGGUAAUGAACGAAAAAGGAAACGCAGAACAACAAUAAGCAUUGCUGCCAAGGAAGCAUUGGAGUCUCAUUUUGGAGAGCAAAGUAAACCAUCUUCUCAAGAAAUAAUGAGAAUGGCAGAGGGCUUGAACCUGGAAAAAGAAGUUGUCCGGGUUUGGUUCUGUAACCGGAGACAAAGAGAAAAGAGAGUGAAAACAAGUUUACAUCAAAAUACAUACACUUCAUUCUCAAAAGAACAUCAUGAAUGCAGAUGAAACAAUACUGCUGGCAAAUCCAGCUUUUGCGUAGCUUUAAACCUGUUUCACUGACAGGGUUAUACACUAGAUCUGAGUAACGAGUGAGGUAAAAAUGACCAAGUUGUAACUAUGGCGAGCACGAGCAUUUUUCCAGAUUCAUUUUUGUUUAUCUCAGUUUUUCCGUUUGGAUUGGAUUUGUGAAAAUUUGGAGUUUAGAGAAUAACCCUGUAAAUGUCUGUAAAAUAGUACUUAAAUUAUGAAAUAUAAAUUUGAAAGCACUGUCAAUCAUUUACAUUGUAGGAAAUAGAGUAAAAAUUAAGAGUUUAUGUACUAGUAAAUUGAUGAAAAUUAUCAUUCAGUAUAAAGUGUUAAAAUAUUUAAUAUUGCAAGGCCAAACGUUAUGGAGGUAGAUUAUAAUCAGUUAUAACAUCCUAACCCACAAGACUAAAAAUAGUAUUAUUUUCCCCAACUACCUGAUUCAGCAUCCCGGAUAUUUUAUAUUACAUGACUUUCCAAAGCAAUGGCUCAGGUUAGA